UUGGAGAUUAUUGCUUUGUGUUGCUUUAAAUCAGGCAAUUGAGAUAAUCAAGGAACAAUUUUUCAUGAAGAUUAAACAAUAGAAUAAUAUAUUUUGAGUUUUACAUUCUCUAUUAACCCAGUUUAUUUUCUGAGUAAUUUCAUUUGCAUUGUUGUCUGAGCACCGGGCUUUGAUUCAUCUGUUUCUAAAUGAGUGUUCAGAUUAAAUUAUGUGCAGUUAUAAAAAAUAUGAUGCAAGAAUUUAAUUCAUCCCCGUAGUCUUUCUAUUUGUUUUUAAAUUGUGCUGUCAGACUUGGGAGCCAAUUUUUGUGUUCUAUCUCUUUGACACACAGGAAGGAUAGUUUCUCUCUCCACCCUUCUUUGCUGCCCCUCCUGUUUCCUAUAUACGUAUUUAAUAAUAAUCUCAGCACCUGUUUCCUAUGAGACCAGAGUGAUAUGUGUGGUUUAGUAAUGCUGUGAUUAGAGCAGCCAACACCCAUGCCUCCAGGAACAGGGUGUUGCUUUUAGAGCAAAUAUAAUCCAAGUUUUGAGAAGAUGGAGUAGGGUCAACUACCACAUGUUGGUCACAAAUAGAUUGUAAAAGCAUUUUCUGCUUUAGUCAUUAUAGGAGUGUUUACCUCUGUAUAUUCUGUGGCACAGUGAUAAAUUUGAGUUACCCCAUUUUCUAGGUCAAAGACAAUGUACUAUGCUAUUCAGAGCUCAUAAAAGCAAACCAUUUGCCAAGGCUUUCACUCUCUGGAGUGCUUGCUGCUCCCUACAGAAACUACUCUUGAUUCCCACUGUCUUCUCAACCCUUCUCCAUGCCUCCAUUAGGCUGUGGACUGAAAAUUAUAGGAGAGUCUAUCUUGAUUGUAAAGUAUGUGAAGAUAAUACAGAGUUUUGAUCAUGGCUGUGGUUUAUGAUUGGGGUUGUGUCACCUAGAUGGACAGGUGAAGGGUUAACUAGGCCUGCAUCCUUGGAUAACCUGAUAGUUCAGCACUCAAAGUUCAGCAUGUGGUGACAUCUAUCAGAAAGGUUGUUUAAACAAGCCUUAUAUGCAGAAAUUUUUCCUUCAUCUAUUUGUGGUUGUUUGAAUAAAAAUGACCCCCAUAGAUGCAUAGGGAGUGACAUUAUUUGGUGGUAUGGCCUUGUUGGAUUAGGUGUGGCUUUGUUGGAAGGAGUACAUCACUAAGGUGUGGUAGGCUUUAAGGCUUUAGGAGCUCAGGACAGGCCUACUGAAUCACAGUUCACUUCUGCUGCCUGUGGAUCAAGAUGCAGAACUCUCAGCUCUGUCUCUAACACCAUGUCUACCUGCAUUCUGCCAUGCUUCUUGCCAUGAUGGUAAUGGACUAAACUUCUGAACUUCUGAGCCAGCCUCACUUAGAUGUUUUUCUUUAUAAGAAUUGCCAUGGUCAUGGUGUCUUUUCACAGCAAGAACAACCCUAACUUAGAUACCGCUUGAGAGGAGGCUAAGAGUUGGUGAUUUGUACAAGGUCCUUUGGUAAGGAUGCCAUUUCUGUGUGUAGAACCAGAUUUAGAAUUGCAGAACUCAGUUUUUCCUCUUUUUCUUCUCUCUCUUUACCCUCAAAGAGCCUGUUGAAGUGUAUUUUGUGAGUUGUAUUGUUCACUACAGUUAUAGGACAGGAUUAUUAACCUUUCUAUUGAGACAAAAUAAUAUCUCUAUUAUCUAUUUAAAUAUGUGGGUAUCUAUUUUAAUUUAAAUUUAAUAUUUUAAAAUUGAAAAGUUAAAAAAGGCACUUAAUUUAGAGCCACCAUAGUAAAAUAUAGUUUUUUCUUAUAGUAAUAUUUGGCAAUUAGAGUAAACAUACCCUGCUUCACAGAAUAUUGAUUUUAUAAUACUGAUUUUUAUAAUAUAAAAAUAUUAUUUGAGGCUGUUAUUUUAAUGCAAAAGCUCUUGCCCAUUAUGGUAAUUGUUCAAUUAGGAGAAGUGAAAAAGUAGUUAAUAAAUAAGAAGCCAGGAGAAAAUUUCAUUUGAUCUUAGGGCCACUAAUAUUUUCUUGUAUAUUCUUUAUUUAGCACAUAUGUAGUUCUGCUUGACAUUGUGCAAAAGUCUCAAUUAACUAAGAAAUAUUUACAAAUGAAAUCAGAAAUAUCAUCAGCAUUGACUCCUAUAGGUGUCAUUUCCAUUUAUUGUGAAUAGUUCACUCUUAUCUGAGACCUGGGAUACAAAAUAAAAGGAAAUGCUUUUGGUACAGUCAGUUGUCACAAUGCUCUAAUAUUGCUCUUGCUGGUAUCCUGUUGAGACACAUAUCACUGGUGAGACAAUCAUUUCAAUCAGAAAAUGCUUUUUAAAUUCUGAACAGAGAAUUGAAUUGGCCUUAUGCAAUCAUCAUCUAUUUAUUUUGUUUUCUUCCAUAAACAGCUCCCAGGCUUGUGCACAAAACAGAAAAAUAGAUUCACUCUGGUGCUUCCAAAAUUUUUGUAAUACUCUUUCAGAUUAUUUAUAUUUGUCUUGAAUACCGGCCCUGUAGUACUGUGAAUUCUUAUUUUCCCCUGUAUAGAUGCUAGACCCAGAAACAUUUUUCUAUCCAUAUUCAAAUACAGUUUGAUAUCAAAGAAAAUGAUUACUUUCUUGAUCAUGUAUUCAGUCAAACAAUAAGUACUGAUUUUUGUAUAUAGCGUUUGUUGGUUUUUAUUUUAAUCUUGCUACCCCAAUAAUGUUCAAAGUUAGAAUUUUGGGGAUUCUUUUGUGUGCUGGGGAAUAUUGAGGGAAGUCUCUCUCACCAUAGUUGUCAGCUGAUUACUGCAGCUAAAGUAUUUGUUUAUCCAUUCAAAACUUACUGAGUAUGUACCCUUUGUCAGGGAGUAUGCUAUGCAGCAGGGAUACAGCCUACAGAACAUGCAUUCUACCUAUGGACAGAACCCUCUGAGGCAGAGAUAGAAACGGUUGAAGUUUUGGCCCAUUCAGUGCCCUAUGCAUUUUAAUGUAAGACUAGAGAACCCAUUGCUUCUGGGCAACGUCUAAAUUCUGUAUCUUCUAUUUGGAUGGCCAGCUUUCAAAGGGAAAAACUUCAGGGCUCAGUUAACUUUGUGUUCCCCCAACCAGCAGGUAAGAAAUCACAUGGGUCUGUGUUCAAAGUGCAGACUCCUAGACUCUUCUCUGCCAAUGAGUUUUACCAUAAAACUCCAGAGGGCUAGGAAUUAGAUGUAAGAUAUUGCCAAGUGCAAAAUACUCUUAAUUUGCCUAAAUGUCCUAAUGAUUCUCAUCUGGCAGCAAAAAAAAAAAAGGCAAGUGUCUUUUGUUAGCUAACACUAUGGUAACCACAUGAAGUAGCUAGUCCAUUGAAACCUAGAGGAGAUAGAUUUUGUGAGGAAAAUUCCAGGGGCUUACAGUUUUAUUUGCUUUCCAGGCCAUCUCAGUUUUCUGAAGUAAGAGAUGGGCCAAAGAGAUGCUUAUAGAGUCUCUUUGGUUUUCGUUUUUGUUUUUUUGUUUUUCUUCAAAAGAAGUUUAACACAGAAGAAAUUUUUCAUACAACCUUCUAAAAUUUAGAAAACAUGUUUGAGCCAGAAUUAUUUUAAGGAUAAAAUAAUUCUUAAUUCUUCAUCAACCCUAAAAUGAUCUUAGUGUGAUCUUUAAUUUGGACAAAUAUAAUUUUAAUGUUGUAAUUUUCUAGAAAAUGUAUCUAAGAAGAAUUUUCUAAGCACAGAGCCAAUGUAUAUGGCACCUCAAAAACUGUGCCCUUUGGGCCUCCGCAGAAGCUUUGUGCAAUAGUGUGGCUAUGGCCCUCUCUACUGCAGCAGCUGAUAGGACUUGUUGUCUCGCGAUAAGUUGUUCCUCCCUUCCUCAUCACAGUGGGCAUACUUACAGCAACUAUUCUACCUGCUCACAGUAAGAGAACAAGCUUAUUUAUCCAAGCAAAAGCGUCACAGAAGUCUUGUGAAUAUUGUAUUCUCUUCAUCUUCUCAUAUGCGAUUCAUUUAUUCAUUGGCAAAUCUUGGGCAAAAAAAAAAAAUUAGUGCAGGAAUUUCCCUUCUUGUCUCUAUUUUGCUAAACAGCUGUAUUCCCUUAUAGAAAUGUAGAAUAGAUUUAACUAAUGAUCAAAAAGUUCUUUGAAAUAUAAAUUGUUAUGGAAAUGCUAAGUAGCAUAAACAAUUUGAGGGCAAGCAUUAAUAAAAGCUUUGCCGCAAGCAUCUUUAGGGGAACUAAUAAAGGCUUCAUGGUUCAAUUAAUACAGCACAACAGUGAGUUUUCUAGAAGCAUAUGGGACCCAGAAGGCCUGCCCCUGUUUUUAAAAUUUACGAACUCUUUAAUGAUUCACCACUUUCGCUCCAGCGCGUCACCCACUGUGGUGCUGUUCGGUCAUUAAGCAGGAAGCUAAAACCAGGACAAAGUUGCAAACAAAUAACAUAAUGUUCAAAUGGAGUGGCCGGACGGGAGCAGCUCUUGGCUCAGCAAAGAAUGCACAGUAUGAUCAGCUCAGUGGACGUGAAAUCGGAGGUUCCUAUGGGCCUAGAGCCCAUCUCACCUUUAGACCUCAGGACAGACCUCAGGAUGAUGAUGCCUGUGGUGGAUCCUGUCGUCCGCGAGAAGCAACUGCAGCAAGAGUUACUUCUUAUCCAGCAGCAGCAGCAGAUCCAGAAGCAGCUCCUGAUAGCAGAGUUUCAGAAGCAGCACGAGAAUCUGACAAGGCAGCAUCAGGCACAACUCCAGGAGCACAUCAAGUUACAACAGGAACUUCUAGCCAUAAAACAACAGCAAGAACUCCUAGAAAAGGAGCAGAAACUGGAGCAGCAGAGGCAAGAACAGGAAGUAGAGAGGCAUCGCAGAGAGCAGCAGCUUCCUCCUCUCAGAGGCAAAGAUAGAGGACGAGAAAGGGCAGUGGCUAGCACAGAGGUUAAGCAGAAGCUUCAAGAAUUCCUGUUGAGUAAAUCAGCAACGAAAGACACUCCAACCAAUGGAAAAAAUCAUUCCGUGGGCCGCCAUCCCAAGCUCUGGUACACGGCUGCCCACCACACAUCACUGGAUCAAAGCUCUCCACCUCUCAGUGGAACGUCUCCGUCCUACAAGUACACAUUACCAGGAGCCCAAGAUGCCAAGGAUGAUUUCCCCUUGCGAAAAACUGCCUCAGAGCCCAACUUGAAGGUGCGGUCCAGGUUAAAACAGAAAGUGGCAGAGAGGAGAAGCAGCCCCUUACUCAGGCGGAAGGAUGGAAAUCUUGUCACUUCAUUCAAGAAGCGAGUGUUUGAGGUGGCAGAAUCCUCGGUCAGUAGCAACUCUCCAGGGUCAGGUCCCAGUUCACCAAACAAUGGGCCUGCUGGGAAUGUUACCGAAAAUGAGGCUUCAGUUCUGCCUCCCACGCCUCACCCCGAGCAGCUGGUUCCACAGCAGCGCAUUCUAAUUCAUGAAGAUUCCAUGAACCUGCUAAGUCUCUAUACCUCCCCUUCCCUGCCCAAUAUCACUCUGGGACUUCCAGCAGUGCCGUCCCCACUCAAUGCUUCUAACUCACUCAAAGACAAGCAGAAGUGUGAGACACAGUUGCUCAGACAAGGCGUUCCUCUGCCUGGCCAGUAUGGCAGUAGCAUUGCAGCGUCCUCCAGCCAUGUUCAUGCAGCAAUGGAAGGAAAGGCCAACAGCAGCCACCAGGCUCUCCUGCAGCACCUACUGUUGAAGGAGCAAAUGCGCCAGCAAAAGCUUCUUGUGGCUGGUGGAGUUCCAUUACACGCUCAGUCUCCUUUGGCAACAAAAGAAAGAAUUUCACCAGGCAUUCGAGGUACCCACAAAUUGCCCCGCCACCGACCCCUGAAUCGAACCCAGUCUGCACCUUUGCCUCAGAGCACGCUGGCUCAGCUGGUCAUUCAGCAGCAGCACCAGCAGUUCCUGGAGAAGCAGAAACAAUACCAGCAGCAGAUCCACAUGAACAAACUGCUAUCGAAAUCUAUUGAACAACUGAAGCAACCAGGCAGCCACCUUGAAGAAGCAGAGGAGGAGCUUCAGGGGGACCAAUCAAUGGAAGACAGAGCCACCUCUCAGGACAACAGUACUAGGAGCGACAGCAGUGCUUGUGUGGGUGACACACUGGGACAAGUUGGGGCUGUGAAGGUCAAGGAGGAACCCGUGGACAGCGAUGAAGAUGCUCAGAUACAGGAAAUGGAAUGUGGGGAGCAGGCUGCUUUUAUGCAACAGCCUCCCUUGCUGGAGUCCUCACACACGCGUGCACUCUCGGUGCACCAGGCUCGGUUGGCUACAGUUGGCGUCGAUGGAUUAGAGAAACAUGGACUCCUCUCCAGGACCCAUUCUUCUCCUGCAGCCUCCGUGUCACCUCACCCAGCAGCCGACUGUCCCCGCCAGCCUGCCUCUGCCACUGGAAUUGCCUAUGACCCUCUGAUGCUGAAACACCAGUGCAUCUGUGGCAAUUCCACCACCCACCCUGAGCACGCUGGGCGAAUACAGAGCAUCUGGUCACGGCUGCAAGAAACUGGGCUGCUAAAUAAAUGUGAGCGAAUUCAAGGUCGAAAAGCCAGCCUGGAGGAAAUACAGCUUGUUCAUUCUGAACAUCACUCACUAUUGUAUGGCACCAGCCCCCUGGACGGACAGAAGCUGGACCCCAGGACACUCCUAGGUGAUGAUUCUCGAAAAUUCUUUUCCUCAUUACCUUGUGGUGGACUUGGGGUGGACAGUGACACCAUUUGGAAUGAGCUGCACUCGUCCGGUGCUGCACGCAUGGCUGUUGGCUGUGUCAUUGAGCUGGCUUCCAAAGUGGCCUCAGGAGAGCUGAAGAAUGGGUUUGCUGUUGUGAGGCCCCCAGGCCAUCAUGCUGAAGAAUCUGCAGCCAUGGGGUUCUGCUUUUUUAAUUCAGUUGCAAUUACCGCCAAAUACUUGAGAGACCAACUAAAUAUAAGCAAGAUAUUGAUUGUAGAUCUGGAUGUUCACCAUGGAAACGGUACACAGCAGGCCUUUUAUGCUGACCCCAGCAUCCUGUACAUUUCACUCCAUCGCUAUGAUGAAGGGAACUUUUUCCCUGGCAGUGGAGCCCCGAAUGAGGUUGGAGUAGGUCUGGGAGAAGGCUACAAUGUAAACAUUGCCUGGACAGGUGGCCUUGACCCCCCUAUGGGAGAUGUUGAGUACCUUGAAGCAUUCAGGACUGUCGUGAUGCCUGUGGCCAGAGAGUUUGAUCCAGACAUGGUCCUGGUUUCAGCUGGAUUUGAUGCUUUGGAAGGCCAUACCCCUCCCCUAGGGGGUUACAAAGUGACAGCAAAAUGCUUUGGUCAUUUGACAAAGCAAUUGAUGACAUUGGCUAAUGGACGAGUGGCAUUGGCUCUUGAAGGAGGACAUGAUCUGACAGCCAUCUGUGAUGCAUCGGAAGCCUGCAUAAAUGCCCUUCUAGGAAAUGAGCCAGGUCCUCUUGAGGAAGAUGUUCUCCACCAGUCCGUGAACACGAAUGCAGCUGCUUCUUUACAGAAGACCAUUGAAAUCCAAAGUAAGUAUUGGAAGUCGAUCAAGAUGGUGGCUGUUGCCAGGGGCUGUGCUCUGCCUGCUUCUCAGCUGCAAGAGGAGACAGAGACCGUUUCCGCACUAGCCUCCCUGACGGUAGAUGUGGAACAGCCAUUUGCUCAGGAAGAUGGCAGAACUGCUGGUGAGCCCAUGGAAGAGGAGCCAGCCUUGUGAAGUGCCAAGUCUCCCCCGAUAUUUCCUGUGUGUGACAUCAUUGUGUAUCCCCCCCCACACACACACACAACCCCAGCACCCUCAGACAUGUCUGCUGCCUGGGUGGCACAGUUUGAUGGAACAUAAACACUGGGCACAAAAUUCUGAACAGCAGCUUCCCUGGUUCUUUGGAUGGACUUGAAAGAGCAUUACAGAUUCCUGAAAUGUAACCACUGUGUAUCUAAAGUUACAGUAACCAGGAUUGGAAGAAACUCUUUCCAGCAUGCUUUUCUGCUGAUGACCCACUCCCAGACACAAAGUGUGAGCUAGCGACUUUCAAUACAGCAUUCGAUAGUGUUCAUUUCAGAAGCUCUGACACCCAGUGAAAAUUUGGGCAAAACCGGAGACGUACCCAUUCCUGACAUUCUGACCAGUGUCUUAUUGUGUAGUUUACUGUCAAGUACACUUAAAUUGUUUACAGGAUUUCUUUUCAGCUGUGAGUCGCUGGGAAUUACAGACAGAUUGUUGUGGGUUUUAGGGACUUUUUUUUUUUUUCUCUUUGUUAUACUUUUGAAUUUUUUGCCUUUGUUCUAAUACAAUUCCAUCCCUCCUGGCAAAAGUUCAAAAUGGACUUGGGAUAAGGCGUUUUUCGUUGUUUCCCUUUUUUGGGGGGUGGGGAGGGGGUGGAGGGAAACAGUGGAGCCAUGGUUUCCCUGCAUAGCCUUGGCUGUCCUGGAACUCAUGCUGUAGGCCAAGCUGGCGCAUAACUCAGAGAUCUGCCUGCCUCUGUUAUAGGAUCAAAGUAGUGCACCACCACCACCCAGCGACAGCAAGGCUUUUUUCUCAAUGGAAAGAAUAUUACAAUGUAUCUGAGAGUUCCAAAGGAAUGUGCACACUACAUGCAAUGGGGCAGUAUUUUGUGUCAACUCUUACUGGAAAUUUACAUCUGCCUCAUGUUCUCACAAUAUAUAGGCUUGCAGUUUUGACAGGUAAUGAGAUGGCACGCCCCCCUCUCCCCACACAGCACCACCUUGAGAAGAGUGGCUCUGGAGGUGCAUCCCUUGGGAGACAUGCAGCCCUUGAAAAGUACAGAACUUCUCCAGGCAGCUUGUUCCAGCUCUAUCUGGCACCCAUUCUCUCCUCUUUCCUUCUUAGCCUUUCUUGUCACUCUUCCAUCUUUUAGAAAAGUCACCUCAACCUCCCCAUUACUCAGGGGAUUGGGGUGUUUUAUCUAUUUUGCUUACUUUUCGGUGAACCCACUUAUGUUAUGAUCUUCUGCUGAGUAGAGUUUAAGUGAUUCCACUGAGUUCCCAGGUCUUAGAAACAUCAGUGAAGAUGACAAUGACCUGAAGUUUUUUUGAAUGGGACUAAGCUAAGAAUUGUGCCUUCACAUGAAAGCUAACACGGAACUUAACCUUUGCACAGGUAGCAUUCCCAACAAAGGUUCAAAAUAAAGGACAUUUAUUUCUGAGAUUAAAAACAGCUUACUCAGUAAAAUACAAGCAAGUUAGCCCUGCCUCUGAAAAUUGUAUUUCAGUGUAUAACUCAAACACCUAAAGACAGUGAGGUAGAUAGAAUACUUUGCAUAUUUAAUAUCUGACAGUGCUUUUGAACAUUGACUUUUUUUAUAUAUUUUCUUAACUCAAAGGAUAUAUUAAAGCCAUAAGUGAAGAUUGUCAUGCUUUUAUUCCGAAAUCUGAAAGAAACCUUAAUUAAAACAAGGUUUUAGGGAAGGCCAAGAUAUGAAAGACAUGGAACAAUGUGGUUUUAGUUAGGGAGGACUCUAACCUGUAAAUCAAAGAUGAAAGAUCUCACUCACGUAGAGUUACAUAACUCCCUUUUGUUAUACAGUCAGACCACAUUUUUCAUGCACUUGGUUUUUUUAGGAUUACCAUUUUAAUUUUUAAGACUUUUAUUACAUAUACAAAAAUGGCUUGGUACUUGGUUUAACAUCUUAGAAAUUUGAGAUACCCUUUGAAAUAGGAAAUCUGAAAUGGAAUGUAACUUAGUACUAGGUAAAAAUUACUAACAUUGCAUAAGAAUUAAGUCAAUCUAGAUGCAUAAUUGUAAUAAAGUUCUUGUGAAUUCCA